CAGGCCGCUAAUCCGAGUCGCUUGAUGUUUUUCUUGAAGUUUCUGCGUGCAGAUUCUGUUAUUUGAAAGAUGUGACGUCAUGGCUGCAUCCAGUUAGGAUUGUCUGUAAACUAAUUAUUGUCUUUCUGAAGUCAAACCAAUCUAGAGGACAUGACGACUGCGGCCUGUAGUGAGUGGAGGGGACUCUUCAGCCUGGGAGAAGAGCUGGAUGAUGAUGACUUGCUGGACGCUGACUGGACGCACCCGUCAGCUCCUGGGCCGGCCGCAGUUUCGGCUCAUGCACCCUCCCGAGUAACGCCUGCAGCUGGUUCCCAUGAUGCCCAGCAAAGCCGCGCUACACCGUCAGCCAACUCGUCAACCAGUUCAUUCACAGACUCUUCGACACUACCUUCAGAUAUUUCAGAAUCCGAGCCUGUAAAAGGUUUAAGAAGCCUGGCCAACCCUAAAUCUUCAUCCGUCUCUCAUCCUGUCCCUAACACACAUACUGCUUCUCUUCAAACACCCUUUACAGGCUGUAAUGUAAUCUCCUCUCUGCAACAUCCCUCAAACUGUCAACCUAGCCAGUCAAACCCUCAACCUGGCGUCUCUAGUGUUCCCCCCAAAAAAGACGUUCCUGUGCAGGACGACUUUGAUGACUGGGAUGUCGAUCUGGACGAGUUGGACGAGUGUUUUCCUCAAAAAGCAAAAGCCUCCGCUCCAGAGACGGACCUAGAAUCUGACAGCGUAUCCCCAGCUAAACAGGCGAGGUUAUCAGAUGUUAGUGCAUACUCACCAGCUGUGUCGUCUCUUAGAGGAUUCUGCAACACUACCGAAAAACCUUCACCCUCGCAGUCUUUCAACCCGUCCUCGCGUCCGACUACAAAUUUCCCACAAAACAACUUCCAGGCCUGCCGCUUCACCAGUCCGGUGACUCCUGGACCUGUCCGAGACACACCCCAGUAUCAGAGAGGAGCCGUUACUCCUCAUCGCUCUCUGUUCCAGGCUGUAUCUCCUGCUCCGGCGACUCCGCGAACCCCGCGUCCACUCCACACGCCCGUCCUGACUAAUCACCUGGUCCAGCUGGUGUCCGCAGCCUGUCGGACGCCUCAGAGGCCAAGGAGCGAGUCUGUUCGCGCCAAAACGCGUCGGUUCCCCGGUCCAGCGGGUGCUUUGCCGCAACAGAUCAGUGGGCAGAGUCUGGAUAAUAUAGUUGUGGCGGUUCCACAGACGCCAGCACACGGGGCAGUGGCUCGCCUGCGCAGUGAGGUCCCGAGCUCUCAAGUGAACGACGAGGAGGAGUUCAGUGUAGGUCCGUGGGCUGCGAUGAAGGCCGAGAUGGGACUGGAUGAGAGAAACCCCUCCUGUUUCCUCUAUUCAUACAGCAUCGUCAUGGUGCUGAGGAAAGCGGCCUUGAGGCAGCUGUGUAAAAAUAAAGUUCCUAACAUGGCCGUGGUGUUAAAGAGCAUCUUACACACGCAUGCUGAUGCCAAAGCGGUGUUCAGGGACCCCACGGGUGAGAUACAGGGUACGGUUCACAGACGGUUGCUGGAGGAACGACAGGGGGAGCUGAAGACCGGUGCGGUGCUGCUGCUCAAACAAGUGGGCGUGUUUUCCCCUUCAAACAGAAACCACUAUCUGAACGUGACCCCCAAUAACCUUUUACGAAUUUACCCUCCUGACGGAGUGAUGUACUCCUCCUCGCAGCCUGCAACGGAAUCUGCUAGAUUACUGCGCUGUGAGUCCUCAAAGUCUGAAGGGGGCCCUGUGUCCCAGAUGGAGCUGCGUUUUGAUGAUGACGAGGAAGAGGAGGAGCAGACUAGUGUCCCAGCUGACGGGGUGGUCCAGUCUGCGACACGACCUGACAGUUCGAAGGAUGCUCAUUGGGAUGCAGAUGAUCUCGACGAGCUGCUUGGGGAGCUUCCUGACGAGUCGUACUGUACCUGAUGCCGUCAACGUUUCCAAAGACAUCUGCAGGACCACGGCCAAAUGUCUUUACUGUGCUUUUUUUUUCUUUUUCUUUCUUUCGUUCAUGUUUUGUAUAGAACCUGUUGUGAGAUGAGAUAUGUACAUAAAAAGCAGUGAUUAGAAAAGUGAAGAAUAAAUGUUUGGGUUUAAAAUGUCUGCAUCCCCCCCGCCCCUUUUCCCCCCAACCUAAGCAUUGUGCAGUUCAUUGUUCCUGGUUAAAUAAUAACACUUUCAACGCAUCCAAUCUCCUCAUCUCAGUUUAACAUCGUAUGAUUUACUCUUGCACAUCAACACACACCAGACGUUUUUGUGCAAUUUUGACGGAGGCUUGAAUGAGAGCUGGGUAUUGAUGAGUGUAAUAUUUGAGCCGUCAUAGAGACAGGUGUGCUAGUGUAGGUUUCCAUGGUUACGCCGUCUUGCACCCUUGAAUUUAAAGUGCCUCUCGAGACAAGAGUCUGACGGCUUAAUCCACUUCGAAGAUGUAACGGGUCGUUUAGGGUCACAGGGAAAAAGGUUUUAAUGGACCUCGUUCACGUCAGAUCGUGUCCUGUGCCGAGAGCCAUGGCGAAUGAGGAGUGUUGUAAAUUUUAUUUAAAUAUAUUUUUUUAUAUUAUCUCUGUAUGCUUUCUAUCCAUUACACCUAGAUGAUGCGUGUUAUUGCCUGCAUUAUGGAGGUAUGUAAAGACUGCCAAAUGGUGAAAGUUUCCACUUCAACCUGUGAGACUUUUUGAAGUAUGUCUAUGACAGAGAUCAAAGACUUUCUAGAUUCCAAAUGGAAUAUUAAUAAGUUUUUAAUUGGUUUUGUUUUUUAAAAUUUGGCCUUGUUAAGCCAAAGACCCAUCUUUUUUGGUGUUCCUUACCUGUUAUUUAGACUUUCUAAAAGAUUCUUUGUUCUGCUGAAUUCUGUUUAAUUUGUUAAUUUCACACCCAAAGUGUGUUGCGGGUUUUAAAAAAAAAAGUGACGUUUUCUCCACAGCAGGACGCUCCCCUUAGACUUUUAACGAGCUCCAAGAUUCAGCACAGAGAAUCCCAGACUCAGACAGCCUGAAUGAUCAGAACGUAAUCUGUUAAGUAAUCGUGCUUCAAAAAAAAGCUCAAUCUUUCACAGUGAAGGAAGAAAUGUAUUUGUUCUUGUUUGAGGCCCAGAGGAGAAGUUAAUCUGUGUUUAAACUGCGUACACAUGAGCUGAGCCGAGAGAAGCACCGGGGCCUUGUCUGAGACACCUCAUUAAAUUAUUAGCAAGCUGAAAGGCCCCGCAGCUGUCAGGAAUAUCAAAGGAAUCCACAGUGUGCUGAGGAAACCUGACCUCUGUAUCACGAACAUGCUCAGUUGAACAGUUUUAUGUUUUGAGGAAUUAAGCAUGUCUUUCGAAUUCAUUUAAAUCUGCCUCCUUGCUUCUUGACUCGUCCCUCCGAGGGACAGUGGUGUGAAAAGUGCAUAAAUUCCUCACCUUCUGAUGAAUGACCUGCUUCCGCAACUGCAUUACCUGGUGAAACAUCCUCACAGGAGAUGUACCGCAUUGAUUGCACUUUGAAUGACCUUAACGAGAAACUACUUGGCACUUAAAUGUGUAAUGUAUAAGUUAUUCACCCAAGCAUUUUAUUUAACCUCAUUAUUUAUUUCGCCGUAUUAAACUCAUUGGCGGCAUCAUGGCUGAGUGGUUAGCACUAUUGUGUUGCACCUCCAGGUCCUGCGUUCGAUUUCUGUCAGGUCUGUGUGAGUGGAGUUUGCAUGUUCUCCCUGUACACUUGGCAUUUUCAAAUGACCUGUAGUGUGUGAAUGUUGAUCGUCGGUUCAAGCACGGUCAUACAAAAUAAGA